GACACGCAUGCGCGCCCGGGCGGCCGGCCCGCGGCGCCACCGCGCGGCGCCGGUGCAGCCGUUAGCGCUGCCGCCGCUGCCCUCAUGUCGCGGGCGGGGGGAGAUGCUGCUGCCGCGCUGGAGCGCGCCGGGGUAGAGACGGUGAGGCGGGCGGUAGAGCUGGACGUUGCCUCCCGCUUCCAGGAGUCGCUGGUGUGCUACCAGGAGGGCAUCGACUUGCUGCUGCAGGUGGUGAAAGCUACAAAAGAUGAGGUGAAAAAGCAGCAUUACCGGCAGAAAAUAUCUGAGUACAUGACCCGAGCUGAAGACAUUAAAAAAUAUAUUGAAAAAGAGAAACAAGAUGGCAAAUACCAUAAGCAAAUUAAGAUAGAUGAAAAUGCAACAGGUUUCAGCUAUGAAAAGCUUUUCCAAGAGUACCUUAAUGAGAUCGUUACUGAAGUUUGGGUGGAGGACCCUUACAUUAGGCAUGUUCAUCAGUUGUAUAACUUCCUACGGUUCUGUGAGAUGCUGGUUAAGGGGCCCUGCAAAGUGAAAACAAUUCACCUCCUCACUUCCUAUGAUGAAGGCAAUGGAAAGGCUCAACAGAUAAGUGGCUUGGAAGAAAUAAAACAAUCGUUGAGGAACCAUGGAGUAACACUGAAUGUCUCUUUUUCAUCUUCAAUUCAUGAUCGAGAAAUUAGAUUCAACAGUGGAUGGAUGAUCAAGAUUGGAAGGGGACUUGAUUAUUUUAAGAAACCACAGAUUGAAGAUCUGAAGAAGAAAAACCAUGAUGUAAGGCAAUACGUCAUGCAACUGCAUGAUAGGAAGGAGGUGGCUGAAAGUCAAGUGGAUAGUUUGACCUGUAAAAAUGACCAUCUUCGUAAAGAACUUGCUGUAAUCAACAAACUAUCUGAGCAGCUGGAAAAACAAGAAGAACUGCUGUUGAAUACUGCUGAUAAGGAGCUUGAGGAAGCAAAGAUUCAGGUUAUUUUAGAAACAGAAGCUGAGAAAAAGCAAGGGAAGUCACCAUCAAGGCUUGAUACCUUUGUUAAGACAUUGGAAGAGGACAGAGACUACUAUAAAAGUGAGGCUGAGAAUUUGCAGAAGGUACUUAGAAACACAUCUUCAAGUCCUAAGCAGAAGCAUACUUGUGGCAGCAUGUCAAAAAGAUUUUCAGCCAUCCAGGGAGCGAGUUCUGAUCCAGAAGUUUUGAGAAUAUUGAGAGAGCGUGAAGAACAUAAGUCAAUGCUGGAAAAAUAUGAGCGCCAUGUGGCAGAAAUUCAGGGUAACAUCAAGGUUUUAACAGCUGAAAGAGACAAAAUUGUCAUUCUUUAUGAACGGGCACAGGAAGAGAUAUCCCGACUUCGUCGGGAAGUUAUCAAAUGCCCCAAGACUACUAAAAGUACUGUGACAGCUCAAGCUAUCCUAAGGCAUGUGGAGACAGAAAGGGAUACAGCGCUGUCUGAUUUCCGAAGAAUGACUACAGAACGUGAUAGCCUCAGGGAGCAAUUAAAGAUUUCCCAAGAGACUGCAUUUAAUGAGAAGGCUCACUUGGAACAGAGGAUUGAAGAGCUGGAAACAACAGUUCAGAAUCUAGAUAGUGAACGGUUAGAACAAAUGUCCAAACUGGCGCUAAUGAAAGAGACUGCAGAUUCUCUGGAAACAGAGAUGAAAACAUUGGCAAGAAGAGCCCUGGACUCUGAGACUGAAUUGAGCCGACAGAAAGUUGAAUGUGUUUCACUUGGUUUAUUGAAAGAAAAGACAGAACAGAGUCUUUCAGAGACUCAGCAAAGCCUUGCUAAGAAAAAAUAUGAAUUACAACUUACCCAAGAGAAAAUUAUGCUUUUGGAUGAAAAAAUUGAUAACCUUUCAAAACAAAGUCUUAUACAAGAAGAGGAAAUCUGUGCUUUAAAAGACACAAUUACACAACUUGAUAAAGAAAAGGAAACUUUGCAAGACUGUCUCAAAGAAGGAAAAAAGAAGAUUGCCACCCUUGAAGAAAGCCUGACAAUUAAAGAAAAAAAGAUUUCAGAUUUCAAGAUUCUGAUUUCCGAGUUGGAACAUUCCACAAAAAAAUCUGCUGAAGCUCUCUGUAUCUGUGAGAAAGAUAUCACCAGUUUGCAUCAACAGCUAGAAGAAACCAAUGAUGAACUUGCACAGACUAACAAGAGCAGAGAAUCAUUAGCUCAGGAGAAUGGCAGGUUACAAGAGCAUCUUUCUAAUAUUAAGCAAGAAAACCAGGUACUACAUAAAAAACUAGCAAAGUACCAGAAUGAGCUUGAUGAUGUGAAGUUGAAAGCCCAGGAUUCAAACAAAGAUAUUGUCAGGCUGAAGGGUGUGCUGAAGUCUAAAGAGAGAGAGAACUGCGAGCUUUUGGAGAAUUACCACAAAGCCUGUGAAGAAGGAGAAAGCUGGGAAACAAAAUGCCAUCAAGCAGAAGCAGAUUGUAGCUCUCUUAGACUGGUGCUAAUCAGUGCAGAGUCUGAGAACCGCAGGCUGAAAGAAAGAAUUGAGUCCCUUGAAAUAGAGGUGGAGCAAAAUUUAACAACAGAAAAAGCAUACAAGUCUCAGAUUUCUACCUUAAACAAGUCUCUUCUGAAAAUGGAAGGAGAGCUUCAAAACAUACAGCGGGAGAAAGUCUCUAUACUUGCAGAUCUCACAUCUACACAAGAACUUUGUAUUAAAUUGGAUGCAGGCAAAGAACUAUUAAACCGGCAGUUAACUUCCAGAGCAGAGGAAGUAGAAAGGCUGCAGAAUGAUUGUGAGUCAUCCUGUUCUGAAAUAGAGCUCCUCAGGAAACAACUGACAAAUGAAAGAGCAUCUCUGAAAAAUCUGGAAUCUUUGCUUGUGUCCAGUCGAGAGAAAGAAUUGCAAUCACAGAUAGCAGAGCAGGAAAGAGACUCUGAAAUUCAGCUUCUCAAGGAACAGCUUGCUUUAGCAGAAAAUAAACUUGCUGUGCAAAGCUGGGAUUUUACUCAGCUCAGAAAUACAACAGUUCAGCUAGAGUCAGAACUCGAUAUCACCAAAAGACAGCUGGGAACUGAGCGCUUUGAAAGGGAACGUGCUGUACAGGAGCUUCGACUCCAGAAUCUUACAACCUCAUAUCAGUUAAACUCCACAUUAAGAACAUCAUCACCUGAACGUUGCCACCAUCAAUCUCCUGACUGGUCUCUGGACCGGUCCCUAGAAGGGGAUUCUUCGUUCAAAGACUUUUAAUGUUAUAUUCAUGAUGGCCUGUGAAGACCCUACACAUCAUCUAGAGAGUUAGAGUUCAGAUAUAAUUCUGGGCUUACCAUUUUUUUCCCUUUUGAAUGCUACACUUCAUUAAAUAUGUUUCGUGAUUUUUGGACCUUCCUAAUGUUCAGUGUAAAGAAAUCUGUCUAGAUAUUUUCCUCUUCUUCCCAGCCCUGCUCAGUCUUGUAUUAUUGUGGGAUGUGGCCCAUCUCAGUUAACAGGAAAAAAAUGCAAGUUCCAUCAACCAUACUGAUAGUGUGUGACUUUCUAUUAUUAAAAAUGUAUUGAUGAAACUUGAAUAAAGGAAUGGAUAUAACAAUAUCAGGGAAAAGAAGUGUCUAUAUCCAGAUGUUAUGAUCUGAAUGUAUUUUUGCUGGACUAUGUGAGGAUUAUGCUUGAGAGGAGGUGCUAUGCUGUCUCAAGGGAGGCUCAAGGGAUUUUUUUUCCUUCAAACCUCUCAUGCUUCGCAAUUUGGCCAAAAUAGGAUACUAAAGCCAGGAGAUAUCACAGUGUUUUGAUAUCCAUCUAUCGUAUGUUAUGAUAGGGUAUGUUUCUGUGUGUUUCCAGUAUACAUAUAUUUGAGAGGUAUUCAACUUCUAAGAAUUUUAUUAGAACUGUUUUACAACAAUUUAUUUUUAUUUACAACAAUUUUAUUACAGCUACACUAACUUUCUACUUAAAGGGUUUUUUAAUGUGAAAGUACUAUUUGUAUGGUGAUAAAUACUGACAUUUUAACUUGUUCAGAAUUUCUGCUCUUUAGGUCAUAUUAUUUGUCAAUGUUACACAUCUUUAAAUGGAGGAGAGCAUUCUCUCCUGCUGUAAAUGAUCUGGGAAGUCUCUUUUUCUGUAUUUGGAAGUAGAGAAAUAAUUUCUGUUUAAUUCAGUACAUUAUUCACUUCCCCCCCCCUUUUUUUUUAAAUAGAUUCAUCUUUCUUGCUAUGUUCAUAAAAACUUUUCCAAAAGAUCUCUUAAGUUUAUCUUUGAAGGCAAGGGCAGGUUGGCCAUGAUAAUGGUUUGAACCAACAUUUUGCAUAUGUUACAUACACAUUCUGUUUGUGAUAACCUGACUGCUAAACAUUCGGAUUCAUAUCUCAAAUAAUGAUUGAAGACAGCGUAACCUAUAUGAAUGCUCCUUAUCUCCUUUUAAAACCUGUUGAUGUGAGCUAUAGAUAUGAUUCUAUGUUGCUCUUAGGAACAGGUUGCUUUAAAAAGCCUUUAAAGGUAUUUUAAUAAAUUAGGUCCCCUCCAAAAUUAUAGCAUAUAAAUAUAUACUUGUAACAAAUUCUAGGACUAGCUGUCCACAACAACAGUAUCACUGCAACAUCACUGUAGUGGCAACCUCACAUCUGACCUAAUGUGAAGUCAGAAAAUGAAGAAAAGAUGGAAGAAGAAUUAAUUGAAUUUUCUUCAGUUUGUAAGUAAUAUGUUUCGGUUUAAGAAAAACAGUACUUGUUCACAUCUUGCCAAUGUAGUAAUAGCCUAAGAGGAUUUGAACAGUAUUUGUUCAUUGGGAAUUGCAUGUGUUACUCUCUUCACAGUAUAUUCUAAAAACCUUAAGACCAUUGCUGAAUAUGAAAUUUUCCUUCCUCCUUUAAGUAGAAGAUAGAUAAUGAGCUGAAACAGCACAUUUAUAGUUCUCUGUUUCUGAUUGGAGGCUCUCUAAUUUUUAAUAACAUACCUUAUUUUUUUUUCCUAAAACAGGAAGUACUAUUGAAUAUGUCCAAAUUGAAAGGUAUUAUAGUAUUUUGCGGUGGUAUCUAUUUUCUCAUAAUGUGGGUUACUGGUGGUAGGGUACUUUUCUUGCUGUUGCUUUAUUACAGUAUUUUGUUUGGAAAUAAACAUAUACAAUCCCCCCAUCAUUCAUGUUUGCAUUUGUGAUGCUUAUUGACAACUCUAAAUAAUACUAUACAUACAAACUUUUUAAAUGAACUCUUAUUUAUUCACAGUAAUUUGUUACAUAUCAAAAUUAUUUUCUUGUGAAAUAAGAGCAUAUUAAACUCAUUUUCAGCUGCUUUGUGAUAACUUAAAAUGAUCUGCUUUGCAUAACAGAGAAUGCUAUACUGUUUUAAAAAGCAUUCAUGCUUUUCUACAGCAAUAUUUUUAUAACUUCUAGCCACUGGUUAUGGAUUUGUUUCAGCUGAUUCUGCUAACCCAAAGCAGUGGAGCCUGUAUCACCAUUAACCAAUAGAAAAUAUUUUACUUGAGCAUAACUAGUUUACAGGAUUUGUAGAAAAAAGAACACAGUGCCUCUGGUAUCCUCCCUUCUUUUUCUUCAUCCUAGAAGAAAUAGGAGCUACUAUUUGUAUAGAACAAUAUCGGCACUACUAGUGGAGAUACAGUUCUACCAAUGAGGAAGAAUUCAUUAUGUAUUUCUGCCUAAAACUGUUUCAGUGCUUUUCUAACAACCUAUGCAAGCAACCUCUCAACAGCAUUUGGAACUGUGUAUCUGUGCAACUUAUCCUGCUGAUUCCCCUCGAAACCAUUGUUUUCCUUUCGGUCACUAAUAAAGAUUGAUCUUUAGAAACAUGUAAUCAGUUAAAAUUCUGCUGCCAGUGUUAAGGCAAGUAUUUUUAGCCUUUGACCAGAAAAAAUGUGUGCACUGUGGGGUGGCUUUGGUAGUGCUAGAGCUGAGAUUUUAUUUGUUCCUGUUUCUUCUGAGACUGACUAAACCAGUCCAGGUAUUAAUGCAGCAGUGGCUAUCACUGCAGAGUUUAGAGUAUUAGAAAACCACAUGGCUAUCAGCAUCAGAAUUACUUUAGCAGCUCUCUUUACUCUUCUGUUUUUGUACAUUUUAUAUGACUUUCAGAUUACCAGUUCUGAAAUGAAAAAAUGCAUUUUAAGUUAAUACAUAAGGAAUGUUUAACCUAUCAGUUUGCACUAGUUCCUCUUUCCGUAUGUCUUAGUGAUUUCAGUAUGACUGAAGUAUAUGAACAGUUUUGCACAAGGAAUAUAUGUUGUUUUGCUGAUACAGACUGGAAUGUCAGUGAAAUGUAAUCCCUCAAUAAAGGAAGCAGGAGUUUGUUCAAUGCA